AGCUGCAUUGUACAGGUACCUACUGGCUUCUUCUUCUGCUGGCUCAUCCGUGGACUGGCGUCGCCGCUUUUCCACGCCUUUUUUCUUCUGGUAUGGGAAAGCCACCGCCGCACCACCUUCGUACUAUAUGACCUCCAUCAGCGGUUCACAGAACACUCACUCACUCACUCACCCACACACACGAUACAAUAUCACUGGUGUCGCAUCAUUGCUUGGCUGCAUCCUUUAGGAGAAAAUAUUUAAAUAUAUAUUGUGUUCGUCUUCUUUUGGUCUGCACCUUUUCUCUAUUUGUUCUUUCUUCUCCCUCACGGCUAUCGACGCUCAUCAUGCACAACUAUCGAUCCUCGAACCUGUUGAGGCGGCCUCUGCGUGGUGCACGCCGCCGCUUCACCGCACGCCGCCUAAAGGUGGUAGUUCUCCUUUGCCUCUUCAUAUGUGCAGGUGUCUUCCUGUUGGCGCUCUUCUCCACGAGCUGGACCAGCGCACCGUCCUUGAACACCGGUAACGGUGUGCUGGAGAAGCCGUGGCUGACGAAAGCGUCUGACGUGCCGUCCUUCGACUCCGUCGCGGAAGGACGCCUGCCCGGCACGGCGUGGCGUGCGCCCGCGACGCAGGGCAUCGUCGCCCUCGCCAAGUCGGGGUCUGUUCUGCUGGAAAAGCCGACCACGUACGCGCGCCACCGCCGCGGCAGCUAUCAAAAGUGGGAUUCUGUGUAUGACGCUAAUGACACGUACACGAUCCCCGCCUGGGCUGCGCCGGAGGACCGCGAUGCUCUGCAGCACGCAUCGAUUUUUACCUCGCUCGCGUCCUUCCGCGAUCGGGAGUGCGCUGCGACGCUGCGCGACCUCUACGAGAUGGCCGUGGCGCCGCACCGUCUGUACGUUGGCAUCAGCGAGGAGCGGACGGACUCGGAUCGGAGCUGUCUCGCGCCCUUCGGUGCGGACGAGUUUUCGGCCGGAGAAGCACGCCGUCUGCUGUACGGCGAGCACGCACCGGCGGGCCUCCACGUGGAGCUGCGGCCGCUGACCUGGGCAGACGUGGUGUUCCCGCGGACUAUCCUCGACGUGGACGUCGCGAUGAACGCAUCCAACCCGAUCCCGUCCGCGCCGUACCCCGCGGGCAUCUUCCUCCACCCUUCCUACGCGGAGGAGCGCCUGUCCUGCGUGGCCGGCGAGCUCGAGACGCUGCGUGACCGCCUGCUGCUGCACGAGGACGACGUGAAGCGCGAGGCGACUGGCGGGACGGUGUUUCGGCGAGGCCGCGGUGGGCUGCAGCAGCAGCCGUCGCGCGCGCUGGCCGGGUGCCGCGUGACGACGCGUGUGACGCUGCCGGAGCUGGCGCGUGGGCCGACGUUUGGCCGCUACAUCACGAGUCUCUUCUUCUUCGACCAGGACUACUUCAUGGUUGUGGACAGCCACACGCGCUUCUCUGUGCACUGGGAUGCGAAGCUGAUCACGCGCAUCUUCCAGCUGCCGACGCCCGGCGUGCUGUCCUACUACCCGAACGGCUAUCGCGAGGGCCAUGAGCGAGAAGAAUACGGCAAGCGUGACUUUAUGUUGAUGUGCACGGCGCAGGUGCUGGCGAAUGGGAUGCCGAAGCUGGGUGCGCGUUGGCGGCGCGUCGAGAAGCGUCCAAUCUUGCAAGGCUUUGCCGCGGCUGGUUUCAUGUUUGGCGAUGCGCAGUACGUGCUGGACACGCCCUUCGACCCCUUCCUGCCGUACCUGUUUGAUGGCGAGGAGGUGCUGUUUUCUGCGCGGAUGUGGACGGGUGGCUGGGACAUCUACGGCCCUGCGGAGUCGGACGUCUUCCACCACUACGGAAGGGAUAAUACGCCGAAGUACUUUGCUGUUAUGAAAGAAGUCGAGGCACGGCGCCGCAUUCUGUCGGAGCGCCGCACCCUCUAUCUGCUGCGUCGUGCCCAGCCGUGGGUACAGGAGUUGGUGUCGCGCGGCUACGUGACGGCGAGUGGGCAGGAGACGCUGAAGCCGCUGCCGCCUGUGGAGCCGCCGGAGUUGCGGCUGAUUGUGAAUGACGAGAUGGCUGCGGCGACGCGCGAGAUCAACGUGUGGAAGUCGUACUACGGUAUGGGGACUGCUCGGACGCUGGCGCAGUACUGGAAGCACACGGAGCUGUCGGACACGUUUGUGAAGAAGAGGGACAGCGAGGGCCGCUGGAUGGGUGGCGAGGGCCUGUGCAAAGGCGGACUAGCAGAGAGAUGUCCACGUACGCCACCAUGCAAAAGGAGGAACUGCUUUCAAGAUACAGGAAGGAGGUCGUAG